AUGUCUAAUUUAAGAGGAACAACUACAUUUGAGUCAGUAGUAAAAGAACGCCAAGACCAACUAUCAGACUUAAGGUCAAAGAAAAGAGAAGGGAUGCUUUCUGUUAGAAGAUGUGUUGAUACUGAUAAAGUGACAUUAUUACCACCAAUUAAGGAGAUUGAAACAGUUUGUGAAAUGGCAAAACAAGGAGAUUUAAUGAGUAUUCGUAUAUUAACCAGCUAUCUUAAUGGAGAUCAAACAACUAAUAGAUUAAUAGUUCAACAUGAAGUGUGUAAAUCAUUAUUUCAACUAAUACCACAAUUAGAUGAUGGAGUUGUUCAAGAAAUUAUUAAGUUAUUAGUAUCAUUUACAUCAGAGAAAAACAGCGAAGUAUAUUCACAAAAUUUAAUUACAUCAGGGUUCUUAGAUGUAUUAGAUAAUUUAUUUCAAAGAGGUCAUGAAGUUAAGAGAACAACAUUGUGGUUAAUAGCGAAUAUUUGUGUUGAUGGAGAAAGAAUAAUAAAUUUAUUAUUUAAUUAUGGACUAAUACCAAAAGUUCAAAUAAUAUUAGAAGAAGAGAGAUAUUCAAUGGAAAUUCUUCAUGUAGUAUCAUGGAUGUAUUGUAAUAUUUGUAGAAUGAGACUAGUUCUUGACCCACAUAAUAUGAAAGCAAUAUUUGAUUUUAUUUAUCAAACAACAGUAGGAGAAUAUAAAGUUAGGUUAGAUGAUUCUGUUAUGUCAGACGUCUUAUGGUCAUUAUCAUUUAUAGCAGAAUCACGAGCAUAUGAUGGGUUUCUUGAAGAUAAAAAAUUAUUAAAAGGGGCAAUGGGUUUUUUAUUUUCACAAAGUAAAUUAGUUUAUUUACCAGCGUUAAGAUUCUUUGGAAAUCUAUCAAGUAAAGACUCUAACUUUUGUCAAACAUUAAUACAAUUAAAUUUGUUUGAAGUAUUUAAACAAUUAUUAGAUACAAACCAUCAAAUUGCUAUAUUUCGUGAAAUACUUUGGGCUGUAAGUAAUUUUGCAGGAGAUGAAUUAGUGGAUAAUGCAUCUUAUAUUGUUAAAAAUACUAAUUUUAUUGGAAUUUGUUGUGAUGGAUUAUUAAAUAAUUCAUUUUCUGAAGAUAUAUUAAAAGAAAUGAGUUAUACUAUUGCAAAUAUUGCUUAUUUUAAAUCAGAUGAACAUCUUAUAUUAUUACUUACAAAUUAUCCAACAGUAGUUGCUGCAUUAAUUUCUAUAUUAAUUAAAUUUCCUAAUACAAAACAAGUCGUUAGUAUUACAUUACGUUCUAUUUUAAAUUUACUGGAGUUUGGAGUUAAGAAAGGUGUUGACGUUCAAACUGUUUUUGAUUCAUUAGGACUUGAAAAUAUAUUAAAUGAAUUGAGUAAUAAUGCAGAUUUAAAUACACUUAGUAAAAAACGAAUAGAAUUAUUACUACAAACGUAUUAUCCAAAAGAUGAUUUGAAUGAAAAAGGAUUAACAGAAAUUUAA